AUGCCCUGUAACUCUGAAAAGAUUGAUGGUAUAGCAGGGUAUAUGGUUAAUCGGGUCACCUGUAGUGCUGACAAAAUUUCAAAACUCACUAACCCUCAAAUUGAAUACAUCAUAGAACAGGUCAAAUCGAAGACAAUUACAAGUCAUGUGAACGAAAUCUCCGAGACCAUGGCUAAUACAUCAGCUAAUGGCUCCAACUCAGAUGACCCAAAGGGAAACAAUUCUAGCGACACCGCAGACGUUUCAGAUGAGGACAAGGUAACCGAUAGCGAUGGCGAUUUUGAUAAAAUAAUCAUGAAAGCUUUCGAGGAGGAAGAGGUCAGGAUAAAGAAAGGAAGGCAGAACAAAACGUCAUCAGUUGUGGAAACGGAUGCUAAGGUAAAUGACUAUGAUGAUAAUGAUGUGCAUUUUGAUGAGGUGAAUGAUAUAGUCUCUUUAGGUGUGGACGGUGGCAAUUUCAAUUAA